CUCCACUCCCCCCUCUCACCUCUCUCUCUCUCUCUCUCUUUCUCUCCCCCUCCACUCCCCCCUCUCCUCCUCUCCCCCUCCACUCCACUCCCCCCUCUCACGCACACGCGCACACGCACGGGCGCACACACACAACACACACGCACAAGCACGCGCGGUCACCACUGCCCCAACAGCUGUAGUCUGGAAAAAAUUAGUCUUCUAAACAGCCAGACUUCCCUGGUUUCAGGAAAUUCCAGGCUAGGCGGGGGAGGGGCCAGGCUGGGGGCGCGACGGUCCAUCCCCCCCUAGCUCUGCUCUGGCUUCCACUAUGCUCAGUCCUGAUCUCCACCUACCCCCACAAUCCCUUCAAAGGGCCUUUAGGUUUACUACCAACAAGGCUUUCUAGUCCUUUAAAUCCUAGAGGCAAAUUUUGAGGGAAUAAGGAAGGUUGGGAGGGGCCUAUGGCUUAACCCUCUCAGUCUGGGACAAGAGGCCAACUCUCACUGGGCGUUGACUCGGUGUUGGGUUGGGAGGCUGCUAUGGCCCCCGAGAGGGGCUGAAGCUUAUUCCCGGUGCAGAUGGCGUUGUUGAAGCAGGUGGGCCCUGCACAGCCAAAGAAGCGACUGGAGCGUGGAGCACUCUCUAUCUCAGCACCCCUUGGAGACUUCAGGCACACAUUGCACGUGGGAAGCAGUGGCGAUGCCUUCGGAGACACCUCAUUCCUGAAUAGGCACGGGGGUGGUCCACCUCCGGAGGCUGGAGCCCCACCAGUUGUGGCCCCACAUUCUGUCCCUCCACCUGCAGUUCCACAGGCCUCUGUGCCUGGUCUCCGAGUUCCUUCACCUGCAGACCCGCUACUGUCCUUCCACCUGGACCUGGGCCCCUCUAUGCUGGACGCAGUGUUAGGCGUCAUGGACGCGGAGCGCGGCGAGACGACGGCCACCAAGCCCAGUGGGGAUGCCCUCACUGGAAUGCAGCAUCCCAAUGCCCACUGCUGCUCCAAUGCUGACUUCCAGCUGGAUGAUGUCAUUGGUCUGUAGUAUCUUGAUUCCCGCAACUCCUCCCUCCCUGCACUCCACUUUUGUACACAUAAAUAGCCGAGUUUUACGCGGGAAGGGGUGCAGAAGCAGGACAGUGGUGGGGUGCCACCAACUAAAAGUCAAAUCUGUCCUCA